AUGUUGAGCACCUCACUGGGUGAAUUCAUCACGACACAAAAUUCUGCAUCGCUGCUCGGCCUUGUGCCAUUAAAUGGAGCAGACCGGAGAUUUAACAGUAUCAAAGGAUGCCGCCGCUGCAACCAUGACUUGGAGACUCUUCCGUAUGUCCUCUGCCACUGCAUGCGGUAUAGUCGCCUGUACCGGGACAGACACAAUGCAGUGGUAGAGCGCAUUAAGAAAGCCGCGGCUGGAAGAUGGCAAAUAAUGUCGGAAGACCGUAUGAUUGAUGGUCAGCCCCUACGACCGGACCUGGUUCUUACAAACGGCGACGCCUGCAUCAUUAUCGACGUGACUAUCCCAUUUGAUAACCGCCGCGACGCCUUUGACCGGGCAAGAAGGGAGAAGGAGGAGAAAUACCGCCCACUUGUAGACGCCCUCAAGAACCGUUUCAGCAAUGUCCGAGUCGAGGCAAUAGUGGUUGGGGCACUCGGUUCCUGGGACCCCAAGAACGACCGCGUGGUCAGAAGGCUCUGCUCAAGGAAAUACGCCGCCCUCAUGCGUAAGCUGGCCGUGAGUGACACCAUCAGGUCCUCCCGAGAUAUAUAUGUCGAACACGUCACCGGCACCCGACAGAACACCGUCACCGGCUCACGACAGAACACCGUCGCCGGCACACGACAUAACACCGCAAGAAGCAACACAGGAGGAGAAAGCAGGAACGACUUGUAAAUUGGCAAGAAUUCAUACGUCGGACUGCACUGAUUAAUUUUGUUUUAUUUGUCGCACGACACACAUUAGUUGUGCUUUUAUUACAGACUGCAGAGGUUAGUUGUUUACAGAUUUUAUUAAUUGUUAAUUGUAAAUUUCCUCUACUGAAUAGUGAUUUGGACGAAACAAACUAUGAAUAGAAAUAAAUCGCACUGCGUGCGUUAUUGGUGAGACCGCCACGCCUACACCAAUAUGAUGUAAAGUGGCAGUUAACAUUUUUCAAUAAAUAUCUGUUCUUAUC